AUGUCUUCAACAACAUCACCAAGCAUGACGAUAACUCAAGCACUCACAGCGCCAUUUGUCGCCCCAUCGGGCUGUGCUGACAAUUUCGUUCCCGCAAAUUCUUCUCGGCAGUCGUUGAUUCUCGGUUUGCGCCUUGCCAACCGCCUGGAUGGGACCGAGGAAAUGACGGCAGGAGCUUUGCUUUCAGCCCAGCUGUUUGUCCCAGUGCCUGGACGGCGUAUCGUCUUGGGCAGAAUUAUCUUGCGCCGGCUCGGAAUGGGAAUUAUACAGCAAAGUGUUGUUCUAGGCAUAUAUCAAUUCCCAUGUGCUCGCACACUGGUGAAUAAUAUAACUACUGUGACGCGAAGCUCCACCAUCACCCAGGGCUAUGUCAACAACACAGCCAUAAAGUCCGUUUCAGUGUACACCACCACUACCGGCACCACCACACUAGGCAUCCACAAUGCAUGGCUUAUAUCAUGGGAUCCCUCAGACGCUUCCACUCUAAGCCCUUCUCCACCAAUGCUAAAGUGCACAGAAUCUGUAGUUGACAUGUGGGUACCCGGCGAAACAACAGUCGUCCCCGGGAAGGCUCUGGAUAAGUGUGGGCCAGGAGAAUCCUCUCGGUUUGGGGGUCUGACGGGGUUUCUGGUCAUCGGACUACCACUCAUCUGUGUAUUUUUGUUGGUCAGCUGCUGCUCUUUCCUCUGCUUGCGGCGUCGGAAGCACAAGGAAAGAAGGCAUGUGAUGCGGGCAAUGGAGACGGAUAGGGCCUCGGUAACUCGAAUCACAAAGAAAGACAAAGACCAGUCGACAUCACCACAGGCUACGCGGCAGAAUAUCUCUGUUCAGAAUGUCGGAGAUAAAUGA